AUGUCUCCCCCCGCCCAGCCGGGGGUGCCGGGCGGGCGCGGCUCUAAGGUGCCCCCGGCGCGGAAGCUGCUCUGCAUGUGCAGCCUCUCCCUCUGCCUCACCUACCUGUGCUACAGCCUCAUGGGGGGCACCGGCCCGGGCGCCCUCCGCUCCCCCGCCGCGCUCCCCGGCACGGCGGCCCCGGCGGCCCCGCGCUCCCCCGCCAGCCCGCCGGGCAGCUCCGCCGCCCCGGUCCCCUCCGCGGCUCCGACGCGGGCCUCCAACAGCAGCCGGGAAGGGGCGGCGGGCGCCUGGCUGCGGACGCCGCUGGCCCCCGGGGAGGUGAUCACGGCGCAGAGCGGAGCCUUCGAGAGGGACCCGCAGGAGUCGAGCACCACGGACGAGGAGCUGAGCCGGGCCGGCAGCCCGGGGAGCCGCGGCGGCGGCGGCGGCGGCGGCGGCAGCAGCACCACGCCGGACUACGGGGAGAAGCGGCUGCCGCAAGCCCUCAUCAUCGGGGUGAAGAAGGGGGGGACGCGGGCGCUGCUGGAGGCCAUCCGGGCGCACCCCGACGUGCGCGCCGUGGGCACCGAGCCCCACUUCUUCGACAGGAACUACGAGAAGGGGCUGGAGUGGUACAGGAACGUGAUGCCCAAGACACUGGAUGGCCAGAUCACCAUGGAGAAGACCCCCAGCUACUUUGUGACCAACGAGGCCCCCAGGCGCAUUCACUCCAUGGCCAAGGACACGAAGCUGAUCGUGGUGGUGAGGAACCCUGUCACCCGGGCCAUCUCGGACUACACGCAGACGCUCUCCAAGAAGCCGGAGAUCCCCACCUUCGAGGUGCUGGCCUUCAAGAACCGGACCCUGGGGCUGAUUGACGCCUCCUGGAGCGCGAUCCGCAUCGGGAUCUACGCCCUGCACUUGGAGAACUGGCUCCAGUACUUCCCCCUCUCCCAAAUCCUUUUUGUCAGUGGCGAGAGGCUCAUCACUGACCCGGCCGGAGAAAUGGCCAAGGUUCAGGACUUCUUAGGCCUCAAGAGGAUUGUGACAGAGAAACAUUUUUAUUUUAAUAAAACCAAGGGGUUCCCCUGUCUAAAGAAGCCAGAGGACAGCAGUGCUCCCCGGUGCUUGGGCAAGUCCAAGGGUCGAACUCACCCCAAAAUAGACCCAGACGUCAUCCACAGACUGCGGAAGUUUUACAAACCCUUCAAUGUCAUGUUUUACCAAAUGACGGGCCAAGAUUUCCGGUGGGAGCAGGAAGAAAGUGAUAAGUAG